AUGGCACCAAUCAAGACGGAUAACGCCAACCCAAUUCCCAAUGGCGCCGAUCCCGAUAGCAGUGCCAACAAACCGCUUUCCACCCUCUGGCUCUUUUUCCUCUCUCGCAUAAAUACGUACAUCCUUCCUCCUGCAGUUGGCGCCAAGCUCCUCACUAUCACCUCCACCCGGCCCUACUUGGCUGCUUUCUUGGUGACUCAGGUCAUCUUCGCCUUCGUGCCCCUGGGGAUUUUUCUGCUUGGUGCUAUGGUCGUUGCCAUUGGGUCAGUGGCUGCUUUCUCGUGCAUAGCGCUCUUGAUAGCAGGGCCGGUUGUCGUGGGGACAACUGCUUUGGGGGGGUUUGUGGGGAUAUGGGUGGCUGUGGUCUUCUGGCUUGGGGGGCAAAUUUUUGCGGUCCUUCUCACUCCCAGCAACACGAGGGACUGCACAGAAUAG